CAUACAUCAGCUAGCUAUAGGUUGCAUAGAAGACAUUUUAUAUAUCACCGACUUCCUUGCACGCGCGUCCCGUUUGUCACGCACGCUCUCUCUCUCCCAGGCAGCGCUGGCAGCAACAGGAAACAGUUCUACUCCUAUCUGUCAGGGACCAAACUUCCCAAACGCAAGGGUUUCACUCGCUCCCUGUCAUUCGGUCGAGGCACACGAAGUCAGACAGCAAUUCAGCUAAUCUUGUCAGCUAGCUAUCCUGCAACCAUGGGCCUUUGGAAGGUUCUUCCCAUCCUGGUGUUGUGCAUCCACAGCACCUUGGCAGUAUGGACUCUGAAGUGGAUGGCCACCAAGUACAUCCCUUCGGAUUAUAUCAACAAUGGCGUCGGGGAACACAAGUACGACCAAGGUGCCGCAAACAGUGUGGCCUUUGAUCCCGCAAGCUCCUUUGCAUAUGUUGCUGGUAAUAAAUUCAUUCAGGUCGUCGAUUACUCCAGAUUCGCACGACCGAACAUUGUCCGUCGCCAGAAGACGACGGCUCCGGCUGCAGAUAUCGCCCGAUGCGGAUUCUUGGUCGCCUGGAUUACCCGCGGUGUCAAAAUAACCGAUCCGGGAACCGUCCAUGUGUGGGAUAUGUACAGGCGGGUCAGUAAGAAAUGGAAUCUUCUAUGCGAUGCCAAGGUCGGCGCCGACCCAGUCAGCCUGAAGUUCUUCCACAACUGCGAAACGAUCGUGAUCGCCAACAAGGGUACGCCGGCCGCAGAUGCGGCGACCAACACCUUCACGGAUCCUGAAGGAACCAUCUCCAUCGUCCGGAUCGUGAAGGCCCAACAGCAGCAGCAGCAAGGCGGUCAACCGAACUACCCAGGACAAGGAGCCGGAGCCGGAACGCGUUUCGCAACCACUCAAGGCAAUUGCGCUGCUCAAUUUGGCCAUCGGAUGACCGUCACCACAAUUGAUUUCAGAAGAUUCAAUACCAUGACGAAUAGGCCAUUCCUCAACGGAGUCCGCAUGCCAUACGACGGUUCAAUGGACGGCUCUAGGCCAACGCUAUCCAAGGCCCUCGAACCAACAUACGUCACUGGAGACCCAACCUACAACGAUACCGCCUACGUCAGUCUCAGGGCCAACAAUGCUGUCGUCCAGCUCAUCCUCACUCCCGGAAACGAGGCCAUCACUGGGUUCAACCCAAUGGGUAUGAAAACCUGGUUCAACAACGAUCUUGAUGCUUCAAGUACACCUCGGGGCAUAUCCUUCAACAAGUACAACAUGUACAGUAUGAGACAGCCGAAUGCCAUCGAGUCCUUUGAAAUCAGGAACCAAUACAAUCUCGCUUCAUACCUCUUCACCGCCGAUGAGGGCGCUACAACUUCUUACAGGUCUGGAAGCAAAUCAUUCACCGAUGCUGUUCCCUUCUCCAGGCUCCAAAACCUACCCAAUUACAUUAGCAGGAACCACACAGGGCCAGGACAGCUCGGCAAUUUGGAAGUGAGUCGCGUCGACGGUCUGAGGAACCCCCAGAACCCCAAUUCCGGCUACGACUACGUCAGCUUCUUCGGAGGGCGAGGAAUUUCUAUGUUCAAGUUCAACGACACAAGCAGCAACCUGGAUCUGGUGUGGGACAGUGGUGAUCAGGUCGCCCGGGGCGUGGCCGAGACUUACCCUCAGGUCUUCAACUCCAAGAGUACCACCGCCGACGCGCAAUCCCAUGGACCCAAGUCACAGAGGGAUCUGGCUUCCACCGAGAGGGGUGCACAAUGCAAAAGUCUUGCCGUCGCCAAAGUUGAUCGUGACACCACCCUCGUCUUCGUCGGAGCCGACGGACCAAGCGUCAUCGGUAUCUUCAGCGUGUCCCAGAACGGCAGCUACCCCGCUUACGAAUCGGUCUACCGCAAGGCCCCCAUGGACGGAGAAUUCUCCAUUCUCAUGGAUAACAAGAACAUGGGCGACAUUGAUCCUGCUAAGCUCAUAUUCGUCCCAAGAUCUGCCACACCCGACAACUACAACUAUUUGAUGGUGAUGGGCAAGAAGAGUGGUACCCUCUCUAUGUACAGGAUUUUCAGAGAAUCCCGUAGGAACAUGCUGAACAGACUAAGAAAAGAGGCCCUCUCAAGCGCUUCUGCUCUCAACCGUUCAGUGCCUGUCAUUCUGUUGUCUUUCGUCUUUGCUGCAUUUACCCGCUUCCUGUAAAAUUCCAGGAUAAAAUCAUAAUAGAAUUACUUCCAGUUAUAAUGGACAGUAAAAUAUAAAACGAAAAGUAGUUUUUCAUUGUUAUUAUUAUGUGUAAACAGUCUUUCUCGAAGUGAUUAAAGGUUUUUCUGAUAUGGCCUGCACAUUGUUUUAUAACAUUUGUUUUUUAGUAUAACCUAAGCAUUAUUCAUUGCUGAAUUAUAAGUUAUCUUUUAACAAUAAUCAAAUAUUAGAGAUACAACAUUUUCUGUGCAACAUGAAUGGAACUUUUGUCAUUUUAACCUCAACAACGGAAAUGUGAUUUAGGCUGGUCAAUUUUAUUACAACCCAUGUUUUAUGUUACUCGUUAAUUUAUUUUGCAGUAUGAAGAGUGGACGUUCAAUCCACAAUGAUGUGCAAUAGACUCAUUUUAUAAUUUUCAAGUAAUCAAGAAAAGCUUCCUAGUUAGACCAAGAAAUUCUUGUCAUGUACAUAUUACAGAUCAUGACUGUUAAAAUUGUAUGCUUUCUUUCGAAUGUUAUAAAGUUGUUUAUUCUCUAGGUGUUCUAUAUAGUUGUAUCUAGUUUGUGAUUGAUUACUCGGUGUAGACACGUUUUUCUGAAGAUGUACAGAUUUUCUCGUCAUGUAGUUCUUCAUACUAAGGAUGAUUAUUCUGUCAUUUGAAUGAUUUAAUAAAAUAACUCCCUCUUAUAGAA